AUGGCUAUCUCGGACAAGGCCAGAUUGACCAUCUCCCGGUGGACUGACGGAUGGUCGGCGUCCGAUCAGUCAGACUGGGUCAAGUUGCACACUAGUGAUGUGGUGUAUACUGACCACGCUUUCCAAAUCAGUCGAACUGGCCACAAAGGACUCAAAAGCCAUACUGGAAUCUGGAAAAACUCUCUUCCAGACUUUGCUGUUAAGGAAGAACACAUUUGGCUGGAAGAGUCGCUGCCUGACAACAAGAGUCGGCUCGUCUUCAAGACGGUGAACACGGGCAUCUUUGUUAAUGACCUUCCUGGAAUCAAGGCAACUGGGCGGCCUUUUUGGUUCCCAGGCGUGGUUGAACUGAUUGUCCGCAACGAAGAUGGAUUGAUUGAGAAGAUUGAGGAAUGGUACACCUUCAAGUUCCAUAGCUUGGCUUCGAUUGAUGAGUAUGACCACAGGGAUCAGUAG